AUGUACUUUGGGUUGCAGACGGGUUGGGUUUCGGGUAUGGCUAUGCCUUCUGCGCUUAUUGGGUUCGCGUAUUUCAAGGUUGUUGCAAAGACACUCAAGUUGCCGUUUACUCCUGUGGAAAAUGUGCUUAUUCAGUCUGUUGCUGGGUCCGUUGGUACGAUGCCACUUGGAUGCGGAUUCGUGGGCGUUAUUCCUGCGUUAAACUACCUUUUGAAGCCGGAAGAGAAUGGACCACUGGAUAUCAGUCUUUGGAAAUUGAUCGUAUGGUCUGUGGGGAUCUGCUUCUUCGGAGUCGUAUUUGCGGUACCGCUGCGGAAAGAGAUGAUUAUUCGGGAGAAGCUGAAGUUUCCGAGUGGAACUGCAACUGCGCUUUUGAUCAAGGUGCUUCAUGGGGAUGAGAAGUCAAAGACAAUGAUAGCUCGCGAGAGACGCAAGGCCGGAGACGAGUAUUCGGAUGAUGAAGAGGAGGUACAAGGGUUGUUGCAGGGGUCAAGUGCACAGCGGGAGGAGCAUGACUUGAGGCCAUCACUCGACCACGGUGUGAAAGAACCGGCUCAGGAGCUUGAAGAUGACGGAGACUGGAGGUCAAAGAUUAGAUUACUAUUGAUUUCCUUUGGUGGAUCCGCCCUAUACACCGUUGUCUCGUACUUUAUCCCGCAACUACACGAUAUUCCCGUCUUCGGCCUCCCGUUGGCGCAAAACUGGCUCUGGACUCUCAACCCUUCCCCAGCAUAUGUAGGCCAGGGAAUAAUCAUGGGGCCAGCCACAACUCUACACAUGCUCCUAGGCGCCAUUAUCGGCUGGGGCGUCCUAUCACCACUCGCCAAACACAAAGGCUGGGCUCCAGGCCCGGUAUCAGAUUGGACUAAUGGUUCAAAAGGCUGGAUAGUGUGGAUCUCGCUCGCCAUAAUGCUGGCAGACUCCCUCGUCAGCUUAGGAUGGUUGCUUCUGCGUCCGCUCGUUACCAUCGGAAAGGCCUACUACCCCAUGGCAAAGAACACGUUCCAAUCGCAUACCUGGAAAGAGCUCCUCACAUUCAAUAUCGCGCUAAAUCAGCAAUACACGCAGCUCGAUGAUGGAACCUCAGCGGACCCAUUGACGGCUCUCAAGCAACAGCUUGCAGAAGGCGCAGAACCAGAUGCGCCACCUGAACAUCUGGUCUCGAACCGCACCACCAUUAUCGGCCUCAUCGCAUCUCUGGUUCUCUGUGUCAUUGCUGUCCAUGUCUCCUUUCCUGGUCUCAUACCUUUCCGCCUCACCUUGCUAUCCCUCGUCCUCGCACUGUUUCUGUCAAUCAUGGGAGUGCGCGCCCUAGGCGAAACAGAUCUCAACCCUGUUUCUGGCAUCUCGAAGCUCACGCAACUCGUCUUCGCACUUGUCACACCAACAACAGGACCUGGCGCAAAGAAUGCAGUCAUCAUCAAUCUGGUGGCUGGUGCUAUAUCAGAGUCAGCAGCACUGCAGGCAGGCGAUCUAUUACAGGAUCUGAAGUGCGGACACUUGCUUGGUGCAGCACCAAAUGCGCAAUUUUGGGGUCAGAUGAUCGGAUCUGCAGUUGGUGCUGUACUUUCCGCUGUUGUUUACAAACUUUACACGCAUGUAUACACUAUUCCAGGCGGGCUAUUCGAAGUGCCGACUGGCUAUGUCUGGGUGUUUACUGCGCGAUUGGUCACAGGCACCGGUUUGCCGCCCAUGGUCAAGGAAUGGGCAAGUGGAGCGGCCGUCAUCUUUGCCGUUGGCACGAUGAUCCGGGUCUGGGGGAACAACAGGAAGCAGAGGGGUCUGAGUGGGUGGUGGAUCGACUUUGUUCCCGGUGGGAUCGCCGUUGCUGUCGGCAUGUACAACACGCCGUCCUUCACUCUAGCACGCACCAUGGGCGGCUUGCUCAGCCUGUGGUGGCGUCGCUGGAAGGGUAGAAGCGAGACACCCAUCAUCGUGCUUGCGAGCGGUCUGAUCCUCGGCGAAGGUUUGUUUAGCAUUGUCAAUCUUUUAGACGUCUACUCUGUCAUGAUUGUUGUGAAAGGACUACUUGGGCUCUGGCUCGAGCUCUCCCGAAUGCCUCUUAGGUUUAUAAAAGAUGCAUGUAUCUACUGGUACACUGGUGCUGGCGGUGACCGCAGCAAGGCCCGCAUCCAGUUGAGGGAAACCAUCCGCGGUGAGACCUUUGACGGCGUUCAAAUUACAAUGCCGCCGGCAGAAAUCCGUGAGAGCAUGGAGACGCUGCGCCUCGUUACCGGUAGUUUCAACUUGGCAAGUCGCUAUCCCGCAUCUGCGUCUCUCAAGAUCAUCUCGGAGAACUGGGACGUGGACAUGAACAACUUUCCACCUGUCCCCCGCGGCUACGGCGGGAAAACCUUUCGCCCAGCUGGUGAUGCCUCGACCUGGGACCUCCGUCUACUUGCCUUCCUGGCCAUCCUCGCGGACUUUACUCCUGAGGAGGAGAAGAAGGAAGAUAUCUUGGCUGCUAGGAAGACGAAAGUCGAGUACGAUGACAAGAAGAAGGCUGAGGGAAAGAUCUACAAGGAGACCGAGCAGGCCAUAUACACAGGUCUGGCUGUUGGUGGCAAGGAGAUGGAGCAGGUCGAGAAGCAACUGAAGAAGACUGCACUGUCGGAGCAGUUGGAGUCGGACUCCGACGAGGAGAUCCUGACUCACACUGAGCGCAUGGAGUGA